GCGCCGGGUCUGCGCGUACCCGAGGUUGGAGGGCGCGUUCGCGUUGGUUACGCUGAGGAACCAGGAAGAUGGGGUCGCCGCCCGCCAACGCUGGAGGAACUGGGGAGCGGGAGGCAGGGACAGCCCGGAAAAUGAAGGGGCUGGGUUCUGGGCGGUGCCUGCCCCGUAACGGGGCGAGGCUACCCGGGGAGGCACCCGCCGCCACGUCCCGCCAUCCUCGGGAUUGUGGUCCUCGGGGCCUCCAGACAUGUCCGAAGUGAAGAACCGGAGGAAGCCCGGGCCCAAGGGAGCCUCGGCGGAGCCCGCGAUGCGGAGCGAGGGCAGGAAGGGCGCCGAGGCCCGGGGGGACGGCCGCGGUGGGGGCUGGGCGGACCUCCGGACGGGGCUGAGCCUGCUGUCGCUGGGGACCUGCCUGGGCCUGGCCUGGUUUGUAUUUCAACAGUCAGAAAAGUUUGCAAAGGUGGAAAAUCAAUACCAGUUACUGAAAAUAGAAAGCAAUGAGCUCCAAGGACUUCAAAAUAAAAUCAAUUUAAUUUCCGAAAAGCUUGAGUCUACUGAAAAAAUCCUGCAGGAAGCUACAUCAUCCAUGUCUUUGAUGACCCAGUUCAAACAAGAUAUAUCUGGCCUCCAAAAAGUCAUGCAUGACAUUCAAAAUAGUGAAGAGAUGCUCACUCCAAAGAUACAAAACCUUAAUGAAGAAUUCUACCAUCUUACAGAUUUCUGUAAGAGAAGCUUAGCAGAAAUGAGUGACAAUACAGACAUUUUCAAAUCAGAAGCAAAACAUACACAUUCUCAAGUUACUGUUCAGAUUAACUCAGCUGAGCAAGAAAUAAAAUUGCUCACUGAACGGCUAAAAGAUUUGGAAGAUAGCACACUACGAAAUAUUAGAACAGUGAAAAGGCAAGAAGAAGAAGAUCUUCUGCGAGUUGAGGAGCAGCUCAGCUCUGACACAAAAGCAGUUGAGAAGUUACAAGAGGAACAGUUUUCCCUCCUGGCCAGACAGGAAGAACUGACAAGUAAACUCUCCAAUUACAAACCCAAAGUAGAAGAAUGCAAGACACAUUUGCCAACAAUUGAAAAUGCUAUUCACUCUAUUCUCAGAGUCUCACAGGAUCUAAUAGGAACAGAGAAAAAAAUAGAAGACCUGUCUCUGCAGAUGUUUAAUAUGGAAGAUGAUAUGCUAAAAGCAGUUUCUGAGAUAAUGGAGAUGCAGAAAUUCCUUGAAGGAAUUCAGUACGAUAAUAGCCUACUAAAGAUGCAAAAUGAACUAGGUGUUCUAAAAGGAAAAGUUCGUGAUUUUAUAACAUAUUCAAGUACAAGAGACAAGGGAACUUUAAAAGAACAUACCAUAGAAAAUGAAGGAAUUGGUGACGAUUUUUAAAUUUCACUACAUCUGAUGAACCUUAUUACUAUAUUAUCAAAAAUGUGAAGCUCUCAUGGAACAAUUGAAGUCUUUUCAAAUAAUUGCUCAUCUACAGCAUCUACAAGAGAAAAUUAAUGAGGUGAAAACUUGGACUAACAGGAUAACUGAAAAACAG